UAAUAUAAAUAACCGACUUCGGUGGGGAUAUCAAUAAUCAAUCAUCAGCAUCGGCUGGACUCUCUGCUCAGACUUAUCCGAACUAGGGUUUCGUUCUUAAAUUGUCAUCCCCAACUUCAAUCAAACCCUAAGUUUCGGAUCCGGUCUGACAGUUCAGUUCUUCUUUGAAGAACGUUGUCCGGUGGUUUGCGUUUGCUACAUCAACCAAGUUUCAUGUCUGAACUUGACAUCCAGGUCCCCUCCACUUUUGAUCCUUUUGCUGAUGCAAAUGCUGAUAAUUCUGGUGCCGGAUCAAAGGACUACGUUCAUAUCCGGAUACAACAACGCAAUGGUCGCAAAAGCCUGACGACAGUGCAGGGAUUGAAGAAAGAGUUCAGCUAUAACAAAAUUCUCAAGGAUCUUAAGAAGGAAUUUUGCUGCAAUGGAACUGUUGUUCAGGACCCAGAACUAGGGCAGGUUAUUCAACUACAAGGCGAUCAACGGAAGAACGUCUCAUCAUUUCUUGUUGGGGCUGGGAUCGUAAAGAAGGAGCAUAUCAAGAUUCAUGGUUUCUGAGCUGCUGCUGCUGCAAUCGCCUCUAUUGUGUGGGUGUGGGUGUGUUCUUGAACUUGAUGUUUGAAGCUGAUGUAAAAUAAGAGUAUUGGUUUGAUUGUCUGUCUUCUAUGUAGUUGCAGAAUCUCUAGUUUCACCCCGUCUUAUGCGUGAUGUGAUGUUGCUCCAACAUAUCUCAUCUUUAAUGGACAUGAUAAUGGCUAUUGAACCUAAAUUGUUUGGAGACUUCA